AUGUCGCUUCCUCGAGUUCAAGUUGUCGUUCGCCGUGGAGUGGACCUGCCAGCCAUGGAUUCUGGCAAAACCUCCGAUCCGUACAUCAGAUUUGAGUACAGAGGCAUUCAAUAUCGUACAGAAACGGCAAAGAAAACGGUGAAUCCGGUGUGGAACCAGCAGUUCACGUUUGUGUAUGACAAGGAAUUCGGGCCGCACACAUUGACGUUCGAGGUGUGGGAUGCAAACAUUUUGUUGAAAGACAAGAAAAUGGGAUCUGUCACGGUAAAUCUUCAAACUCUUGAGGAGAACAAAGUUGAGGACAAAUAUUACCCCCUCGAAGAUGCUGCCCUGGCGAAGAUAGGUGGCGCCCUUCAGAUCGAACUUCGGUUGCUGCCGCCUCAUAGCGAGGCGAAGCCCUCGAGUGGAGGUGGACCACAGAAGGUUGUCGUCCUGACGGCCGAACAAGCGAAAGCGGCGGCUCAAGGCCGGCUUCUCCUUACGGCAAACCAUCCACCUGUCGGAUCCGUGCCCGUCCCUCCACCCCCUUACAGCUACCCUAUGAAUCCCCCGCCCCCGAAUGCGCCUUACCCGCAAUAUCCAGUUCAGAGCAGUGGUCCACCGCCACCGUAUCCGCCUCAACCUGGCCCUUUCCCAGGAUGCGUGACUGCUCCACCGCCUCAUGGCGGCGCUCCAAGUUGGCUGUGGCAAGCGCCUGGGCAAGGCCCCCCGCCUGGGCCCUACACAAGUGUACCUCAGUCGCCGGUUACUUGUGUAUAUCCAUCGCCGCAAGUUUUCAUGGGGACUCACCCUGUCGCGGAUAGACCAGAAGGCACGCACAUGGGGCACAGUAUUGAAAAGAGCUCAGACAGCAACUCCAGCAAUGGCGGUUCGUCAUCAGAGGAUGAUGCAAAGAAGACAGAGAAGAGGAAGAAGGACCGACCGGAAACGAUGACAGCCGAAUCCGUCCUCAUCAUGGAAAUCAAGGACAUUGUCCCGUCAGCCACCUACGGGGAAAUAGCCAAAGCGCUGAUCGCCCACAACAAUAACAAAGACCUAGCUCUGAAAGAGCUUGUCGCCAACCUCAACGCAAAGUAG